CUUUGGAUUGUAAAGUCAUGUUUGAGACAAGUUUCAGGACACUAGACUUGUUAUAGUUUCAACGUAUUCAUUGCUUAUGCAAGUAUGUACACAUUAUGAUCUGUCUAUACUCAAGAAGAAAGGAAAUAAAGUAGAAUUGGCGAGCUUCUUUGAUUUUAUAAAAUCUAAUCUGUGGUAUGAGUAUUGAAAAAACAAUUGACCCAAUGCAAUUUACAGUUGCGGAGUAUUUUCCACGAAGUAAUACUAGUAUUUUCGAACAGAAUGAAGAAACAGCGUGAGAUCAACGCGCGAGAAACUUUUGUGUAAACCAGUGCGACUAGUACGAACGGUACGAACCACGUACGAACUAAUGACUGGAUUCUUUUCGUUUCACUCGGUAGGCAAGGAAGAAAAUCGGAAUUAACCUAACCUAUCAAUUCAAUUGUUAUCAUUUAUUGUGAGGUUAAUUCACACCGUAUUUUGCAAAAUUUCUUAGCAAAGCUGUGCUAAAAAUAUGGAAAGUUGUACGGUACAGUUGGACGAAGAUACAGGAAAAUUUAUAACAUUAUACUUGUUUAUUAACGUUGAAAACACUGAAGAAAUACGUAAAAAGUUAAUCAGCGGGGAACUCCAAUGUUGCGUUAUGAAAGCCGGGCUCGUUGUUGACCUGUUUCAAGUUAUCGUCGCAGCAAACAAGGCCGUAGUUAAUGAGAAAUUUGGCAAAUUGACUACGAGAACAAUAUUUACAGAAAUUUUAUUCAACAUGUCAUUGUCGAAGAAUAUUACUCAGUCGUUGGUCAAGUUUGGCAUUGACGAUAAGGAGAAAAACAUUAUUGUAGGAAUUAUUCAUGGAUCGGAUAAUACAGAAGCUAUGGCAAAGGAUUCGCUAGCUGCGAUCAAAGGCGAGAGAGUUUCUAUUGGAAGGCUAAAAGAAAUAACUGACACAUCAGUAGUUAAAAAAAUAUAUAAAGUCGAUGAAUCUGAACUGAAAGUUUCCAGUUUAGUCGACUGCGUUGUGAGCAAAAUGAACACCAAAGACUUUGCUUCUUACUGAUAAUUAAAUUAAUUUAUUUGUGCUUUGUAAUUAUACGAAUAAAAUAAUAUUUUUAUAUGUAUAUUGAAAGUAAUUGUCUAUUUAUCACUGAAAGGGAAAACUUUACUUGUUGCUGUUCUCUUUUUUUCUUCAUUAAAAAAUCGAAUAAAUAGCGGACUUAUCAUUUCAUAGCAAUAGAUCGUAUAACAUGAUCGAAUUUUAUUUAGCAACUAUUUACAAAGGCGUUGUUCUAAUAUGUUGGGUAAUGUGUGCUGUGUACCUAAGCAAUGAUUGUUCUGAUUAUUGUUUUCAUAAACUAUAUCAUAAGACGCCUGAUAAACUUGAUGCACCAAUCAUAUAUGUAUAUUUAUAGCAAUGCUUUACAUAAUUACAAACCUUUUACAUUUAGCUGAGAGCAAGAAUAACGAUUACAUACUUUUUAGGAUAACGCAGUUGUCACUUUGCGAAAAUAUAUUCUCAACGUAUGACUCUUAUUUACAUGUUAGAUAACCAAUUGGCAACCGGAUUGAUGCGAACAUGAGUUAAUGUUCACCAACACUUUCUUUUUAUUAAGUAUAAUAGUUUAUGAGUAAAAUUAAGCUUUAAAAUAUACGUGUAAUGUAUACCGUUAUACAUUCUACAUGUAUGCUUAGGGAGUUAAUCAGUAUUGCAUUUUGGAGUAAACACUCUGCGUGUAGUGUUUUGAAUUGGUAGUUUGAUAGCCAUGAAUAUUAUUAUUUGUUAAUAAAUAUGAUGGACAGAUCCAUGCUUUGCAACAGUGGAAAGAUCAGCAAGCAUGUACAUAGUGUAUGAUAAUACAAAGAUUUUUAAGCAUCUCGGCACAUGGUGAA